AGUCGCCCGUCCGGAGCCUUGGAGCCACCACAAUGGGGAUGUCCAAGUCUCGGGGUUGCUUCGGUUACCCGUUGAGCAUCUUCUUCAUCGUGGUCAAUGAAUUCUGUGAAAGAUUCUCCUACUAUGGCAUGCGAGCACUCCUGGUUCUGUACUUCAGGAACUUCCUCGGCUGGGACGACAAUCUCUCCACGGCCAUUUACCAUACGUUCGUUGCCCUCUGCUACCUGACUCCAAUUCUUGGAGCUCUGAUCGCAGACUCGUGGCUGGGGAAGUUCAAGACAAUUGUUUCACUAUCCAUCGUCUACACGAUUGGACAAGCAGUCAUCUCGGUGAGCUCAAUUAAUGACCUCACAGACCACGACCACAAUGGCAGUCCUGACAGCCUUCCCGUGCACGUAGCACUGUCCAUGGUUGGCCUGGCCCUGAUAGCCCUUGGUACAGGAGGAAUCAAGCCCUGUGUGUCUGCGUUUGGUGGCGAUCAGUUUGAAGAGGGUCAGGAAAAACAGCGAAACCGGUUCUUUUCCAUCUUUUAUUUGGCUAUCAACGGGGGAAGCCUGCUCUCCACGAUCAUCACUCCCAUACUCAGAGUUCAACAGUGCGGAAUCCACAGUCAACAAGCUUGUUACCCACUGGCCUUCGGGGUUCCAGCGGCUCUCAUGGCUGUUGCCCUAAUUGUGUUUGUCCUUGGCAGUGGAAUGUACAAGAAGUUCCAGCCCCAGGGCAACAUCAUGGGCAAAGUGGCCAAGUGCAUUGGUUUUGCCAUCAAAAACAGGUUUCGGCACCGAAGUAAGGCAUAUCCCAAGAGGGAGCACUGGCUGGACUGGGCUAAAGAGAAAUACGACGAGCGGCUCAUCUCACAGAUUAAGAUGGUCACGAAGGUGAUGUUCCUGUACAUCCCACUCCCCAUGUUCUGGGCCUUGUUUGACCAGCAGGGUUCCAGAUGGACACUGCAAGCAACGACCAUGAAUGGGAAAAUUGGAGCAAUUGAAAUUCAGCCGGACCAGAUGCAGACGGUGAAUGCCAUCUUGAUUGUCAUCAUGGUCCCCAUUGUGGACGCUGUGGUGUACCCGCUCAUUGCAAAAUGUGGUUUCAACUUCACAUCCCUGAAGAAGAUGACUGUUGGGAUGUUCCUGGCGUCCAUGGCCUUUGUGGUGGCUGCAAUUGUGCAGGUGGAAAUCGAUAAAACUCUUCCAGUCUUCCCUGGUGGAAAUCAAGUCCAAAUUAAGGUCUUGAACAUCGGAAACAAUAACAUGACCGUGCAUUUUCCUGGAAAUAGUGUGACGCUUGCCCAAAUGUCUCAGACAGACACGUUCAUGACUUUCGAUAUAGACAAGCUGACAAGCAUAAACAUAUCUUCCUCUGGAUCCCCAGGAGUCACCACAGUAGCUCAUGAUUUUGAGCAGGGUCACCGGCACACCCUUCUAGUGUGGAACCCCAGUCAAUACCGUGUGGUAAAAGAUGGUCUUAACCAAAAGCCAGAGAAAGGGGAGAACGGAAUCAGGUUUGUCAACACCCUUAACGAGAUGGUCACCAUCAAAAUGAGUGGGAAAGUAUAUGAAAAUGUCACCAGUCACAACGCCAGCGGCUACCAGUUCUUCCCUUCUGGCGAAAAGCAGUACACAAUAAACACCACGGCGGUGGCACCAACCUGUCUAACUGAUUUUAAAUCUUCCAACCUUGACUUUGGCAGCGCGUAUACCUACGUGAUCCGAAGGGCGAGUGAUGGCUGCCUGGAAGUGAAGGAAUUUGAAGACAUCCCACCCAACACUGUGAACAUGGCUCUGCAGAUCCCACAGUACUUCCUUCUCACCUGCGGCGAGGUGGUCUUCUCUGUCACAGGACUGGAGUUCUCUUAUUCCCAGGCUCCGUCUAACAUGAAGUCCGUGCUUCAGGCAGGCUGGCUUCUAACUGUGGCGGUCGGCAAUAUCAUUGUGCUCAUCGUGGCAGGGGCGGGGCACUUCCCCAAACAGUGGGCUGAGUACAUUCUGUUUGCCUCAUUGCUUCUGGUUGUCUGCGUGAUAUUCGCCAUCAUGGCUCGAUUCUACACCUACAUCAACCCAGCAGAGAUUGAAGCACAGUUUGAUGAGGAUGAGAAGAAAAAGGGCAUAGGAAAGGAAAACCCGUAUUCUUCAUUGGAACCAGUCUCACAGACAAAUAUGUGAAGGGCAGAAGGCAAGUGGAGAAAGAUCCAAGUACAACAUGAGCCCUGACCUCUGUCCAAGGGACAGGACACUCCACCACAGAGCCCUGAUGGAGAAGACCUCAGAAGUGUGAGCCAGAAUAAUAACAAAGCAGUUUUCUAACCAACAGCUGUGAACCUGAAACUCUAGGGGAGCCUUUUUUAUUUAAAAAAAUUUUUUUUUUAAUUUUUUAAAUUUUUUUUAUUUUUUAUUUUUUUUGCUUGUUUGUUUGUUUCGAGACAGGGUUUCUCUGUGUAGCCCUGGUUGUCCUGGAACUCACUCUGUAGACCAGACUGGCCUCAAACUCAGAAAUCCACCUGCCCCUGCCCCUGCCCCUGCCCCUGCCCCUGCCCCUGCCUCUGCCUCUGCCUCCCAAGUGCUGGGAUUUAGAGGCAUGCACCACCAUGCCCAGCUAUAAUUUUUUUUUUUUAAGACAGGGAUUCUCUGUAUAAGCCUGACUGCCCUGGAACUUGCUCUAUAGACCAGGCUGGCCUUGAACUCACAGAGAUCUGCCUGCCUCUUCCUCCUAAGUACUGGGAUUUCAGGCAUGCACCACAACUGCCCAGCUAAAAUAUUAUUUAUAAUAUGCACUUUCUGGUUUGUUUUUGUUUUUCUUUUAAACUGGGCUGUAUCUUACAUUUCUGCCACAGAAAUGAACUUAGCUCAGAUUAACUUAAUUUUGAAAAGGCAAUAGUAUUGUUUUUUCUAACAGUUUUAUGAAAACAAUAUUGAAUUUACAGAGGGCUUUUUUAAUAGUGUGUAAUGAGUAUCAACUGAUUCAAGCUAAUUGCUUUACCUUGGGGUUUUUUUGUUUGUUUGUUUGUUUGUUUGUUUGUUUGUUUUUCUAGUCUCCUUUGCCUUACCUCUUUUUAAAUUAUGUGUAAUUCAAAAGACUAGUCAUGAGUUGUGAAGUUUCACUGGUCUGAAAUAAAUUCUAGUUCUU